AAAAAGAUUAUUGAGUUUGAGUAUCGCUUCUCUUUCUGGAAAAGUAACAGUGGAAUGAGCAGAAUCUGUGUUGAUUCUUAAGUCCGUUUUAGCACUUGUUUUGCUUCCAGUACUAACAAUUCCAGAAGGCAAUGAGAGCAUCACAGACUCUGUUUGUUUUGCUUUGGUUCUUCUGCAUUUAUGCCCCUUCUUCGUUUUCCACAAAUGUCACUUACGACCAUAGAGCAUUGGUCAUUGAUGGCAAGCGCCGAGUCUUGGUCUCUGGUUCUAUCCACUACCCUCGUAGCACUCCAGAGAUGUGGCCAGACAUCAUUCAAAAGUCCAAAGAUGGAGGACUUGAUGUGAUUGAGACUUAUGUUUUCUGGAACUUACACGAACCAGUUCAAGGCCAGUAUAAUUUUGAAGGUAGGGCAGAUUUGGUUGAAUUUGUGAAGACAGUAGCAGCAGCAGGCCUAUAUGUGCAUCUCCGGAUUGGUCCAUACGCAUGUGCUGAAUGGAACUACGGCGGUUUCCCUCUUUGGCUACAUUUUAUACCAGGAAUUCAGUUCCGAACUGAUAACAAACCAUUUGAGAAAGAAAUGAAGCGGUUCACCGCUAAAAUUGUAGAUAUGAUGAAGCAAGAGAACCUCUAUAUGUCACAGGGAGGACCUAUUAUUUUGUCUCAGAUUGAAAAUGAGUAUGGGAACAUUGAUGCGGAUUAUGGUCCAGCUGCUAAAUCCUACAUCAAAUGGGCAGCAUCAAUGGCAACAUCUCUUGAUACAGGGGUUCCUUGGGUAAUGUGCCAACAGCUAGAUGCUCCAGAUCCAAUUAUUAACACAUGCAAUGCAUUUUACUGUGACCAAUUCCAACCGAAUUCUAAGGCAAAACCAAAAAUAUGGACUGAGGGUUAUACUGGAUGGUUAGUGUCCUUUUCUGUAAAAAAUUUUAGUCAUUUGAAAGUAAUACUCAAAAUAUGA